GGGGGUGUGCAGCCGUUUCUGUGCCCUCAGUUAAUAUGGCGGUCGCUGUUGGACGCCGGGUAGUGGGUGGCUCUGCAUGGCGCGUGGUGAGGGUGACCGGAAAACUGCUGGGGGGAUCCAAGUGACAUCUGAUUUACAGUGACACCUGGUGGGGUUUUCAAGACAAGAUGCUUCCAGAGGUGGUUUGCCGUUGCCUGUCUCCACAUUACAACCAGAGGUGGGAUCCAGCAGGUUCUCACAGAUUCCCGAGAACACCAAGGCUAAUCUGCACUACUAGUACUGCAGCGGCGCAGAGAAAAAAUGUUGCUUCUUCCGGACCUGAAAAGUACACAGAAGCUUUUAUCAAAAAACAGAUUGAAGAGUUCAACAUAGGAAAGAGACAUUUAGCCAACAUGAUGGGGGAAGAUCCAGAAACUUUUACCCAGGAGGAUAUUGAUAAAGCUAUUGCCUAUCUUUUUCCGUCUGGGCUAUUUGAGAAAAGGGCUAGACCUGUAAUGAAGCACCCCACUGAACUAUUUCCCAAGCAAAGAGCUAUCCAAUGGGAUGAAGAUGGUCGUCCAUUUCACUUUCUAUUUUACACUGGCCAUCAAACUUACUAUUCACUAUUACAUGAAAUGUAUGGUAAAUUACUGCGUAUUCAGGAACACCAAGAUCAAAUUCGUGCUCAAGGAUUAGAUCCAGAGAUCAAAGAUCCCUUCAACCUGAUUGGCAGCAGAUGGCUGAUUAAGGAGGAAUUGGAAGAAAUGUUAGUGGAAAAACUGUCAGAUCAAGAUUAUUUGCAGUGUAUCAAACUGCUUGAGAGAUUUGUGACACAGCCAUGCUGGGGCAUCGAAAAAGAUUAUGUGCUAAAAUUCCGUAAGGAAUUACCUAUACAAUCUAAAAAGCAUGUAAUUGAACCGUUGAAAUAUGAUGAACAAGGAGUGGCCUUCAGCACUGGAGAAGGCCGAAGAAAAACAGCCAGAGCAACUGUUACCAUUUAUGAUAGAGGAAGUGGAAAAGUCACCAUAAACGGAGAUAAUUAUUUACUUUUCUUUCCUGUGUUACAAGACAGAGAGCAGCUGAUGUUCCCAUUUCAGUUUGUUGAUCGGUUGGGGAAACACGACAUGGUCUGCUCCGUCUCUGAGAGUGGGAGAUCAGCACAAGCUGGCGCAAUCCGCUUAGCUAUUGCGAGAGCAUUGUGUAGUUUUGUUACAGAAGACAAAGUGGAGCACAUGAGGCAAGCUGGUCUCCUGACGGUUGAUCCACGGGUGAGAGAAAGAAAGAAACCUGGACAAGAGGGAGCACGCAGAAAGUUUACCUGGAAAAAGCGCUGAAUUUUGAAUGUUAAAUUGUUUACAUAUAUAUUGUACAUUUAUUGAAAUUAAACUGGUGUUUUCCAUUGUA